GCGGCUUAGCCCCAAGCGGCGCUGAGAGCAGGACGCCCGCGUUGCAGACUCAUGCCCCUGGUCACCCCCUGUCUAUCAAACACGCAAGGCGCGAGCGCCCAGAGUAGCAGCGAUCGCCCGUCCGCGAUGCUGCCGUGGUUGCGUGGGUCGCGGGUUGUUGACUUUUCCAGGGCAGGCAAAAAAGUCCAUCGCCAGCUGAUAAUACCGAGGGCUGCACCUCCUCCUCAACCACGUCGACCGGGAAUUUCUUGCCCCUCCCCUCCCUCUUGGUUUUCUUUUUUAUUCUCCGGUGCAUAUCAUUCGCAUUUUGUCCUCUUUAUAGACCCUUUCCGUCCUGUCAUUGCGAGCAUAGCCGCUGGUCCGGCAUAGCAAACUCGAUUCUUCCGUGUUCUUGAACGGCCGACCUUGCGAGCAUUGGUUCAUCGCGGCCGAGAAGACACUUGGAUACUGGGCAUCACAUUACGACCUUUUAAUAUAUAUAUUCCAUUCUUAUCACAUUUCAACGGGCGUGUUUUUCUUAUACAUCAUCAUCAUCAUCAUCAUCCUCAGCUUCUUCAACACCACAUUCUGAGCUCCCAUCCACCUCCUCCCGCGAACUCUUCAGCAUCCAUACUUCAUCCACCAAUCAUAAUGGCCGGCCUUCUCAACGAUGGACUGAGCGAUUUCGUCGCCGAGGUUAUCGAUGGCACCACCCCCCUGGCGAGGCCCGUCCUCGAUGCUGCCGAGACGGCAAGCAGCAGCUCUGCCUCCCCGACAAGGCCAGUACGCACAAGGGCUCCCGAACCGACCACGAUGGCCACCAUCGCCACCCCCGUCACCCUUUCAACCUCGACCCGCCCGGCCACGUCUGCCGCCCCUGCGGCGAGCGGCACCGGCGCCCGGGACACCUCGCCGGCAGCGCCGUCUUCGGUGCCCGCCCCGCCACCACCACCACCACCACCUUCCUCAGCAUCCUCGCAGCCCGCCCCGCCUCCUGCGUCCUCAGCACCAGCAUCCGUCACGUCCGUUGACGCGACGCCCCUGCCGCCCAUCUCGGCGACCCCGCUGCCGACCCUGGAGGCGGAGACGCCCUUCGUGCCGCCCCAGGCCGAGACCACCUCGGCCCCGGCCGCGCCCGCCACCACGACGACGCAGCCGGCGGGCCGCGAGCCGGCGGUGGCCGAGCAGCAGGGCUUGGUGCUGGACCCGAGCAAGAACCCGACCAUGAUGGCGCUCGUCAUCAGCGUGCCAGUCGCCGCACUCGUCCUCGUCGGCGUCACCGUCGUGCUCUGGAAGAGCGGCUGCCUGCGCUGCGGUCGCCGCCGCCGCCAGGACAACAUCAUCAAGGACGAGAUCGAGCACGAGGCCUGGCAGAAGGUGCACGCCGAGAAGUUUGGCCCGUCCAGGAACUACUAAGGCGUAGGAGGAUAGUAUACGUAUAUAUAUAUAUACACGCCGCAUAUUUUCCCCCGAGGGGGAGGGCGUGACGACAUCACAGCGGAACCAC